AUGGCCGAAAGACUUCAUCAUAGAAAAAAUCAGACUCAAUUAAAAAUUUAUGUAUUACUAACAUUUGAAAGUAAUAAAAAAAUAAAAAUUCAUCCAAAAUUGAUAAAUUUUGACGCUAUUUGCCCUAAUAAAUUACAACGCAAAGUGUCAUCUGGAAACUUGACGCGUUGUAUUGUAUGUAUGAAGUACUUGGUUGCCUAGUCCAAUUUACGAAUGCAAUUACUUGGUUCCUUCCGAAGCCCAAAGUGACACUAACUGAAAAUAUAUCAAUAAUCCAUUUCAUUUCAUCUCAUCUUCUCUGCUUGUCUUGAAAAUCAUAUUCCUCCAAGCAACUAACAAUGUCUUCAUCGGAUUCCACACAAACCCAAUCCAUUUCCGACCCCUACGCCAACCUCGGCCUCACCAAAAACUCCGACGGUUCCUUCACACGCACCGCCGAAUUCAAUCCCACCACCGCCGCCUGCUCCGAUCCACCCAGCUCAACUCCCCUCCUCACCAAGGACGUCCCCAUCAACCCACACAACAACACCUGGGCCCGAAUCUACCUCCCCCGCCGUAAAUCCUCCUCCCCCAAACUGCCCCUCGUACUCUUCUUCCACGGCGGAGGCUUCGUCGUCGCCAGCGCCGCCUCGACCUUCUUCCAGAGCUUCUGCUCCGAGAUCGCCCUCCACCUCCCCGCGGUCAUGGUGUCGGUCGACUACCGCAACGCGCCGGAGCACCGCCUCCCCGCGGCCUACGACGACUGCACGGAGGCGCUGCUCUGGCUCAAAUCCGGCGACGAGUGGCUCAGCGAGCACGCCGACCUCUCAAACUGCUACAUCAUGGGCAACAGCGCGGGCGGAAACAUCGCGCUCCGCGUGGGGCUGCAGGCGUCGCGGCGCGUGGACGAGCUGGCGCCGGCGAGGAUCCGAGGGCUGAUUCUGCACCAGCCGUUCUUCGGCGGGGAGGAGCGGACGGCGUCGGAGAUCCGGCUGGCCGAGAAUAAGGUGAUCCCGUUGCUGAUGACGGAUGUGAUUUGGGAGCUGGCGCUGCCGGUUGGGGCUAAUCGCGAUCACGAAUUCUCAAACCCUAGCAUGGAAUUGAAAUUGGAUGAGGUGAUAAAUGAGCGGUGGAGGAUCUUGGUGACCGGCUACGAAGGUGACCCGCUGAUUGAUCGGCAAAAGGAGGUGGCGAGAUUGUUGAGAGAGAAAGGUGUGUCGGUGAGGGAGGAUUUUAGAGACGGAGGGUCCCAUGGGAUAGAGUUUUAUGAUGAUUCAUUUGCUACUGUGUUUUGUCGUGUUUUGAAGAGUUUUAUACUUGCUGUUUGACCUCUCUUUUCUUUACAUAUUUUUCUCAAAUUAUUCGGUUUGUUGUGUUCAACUGAUCGAGCAUAAUUUAAUUUGAUUAAAUAUUUGAUAUGUAUAAUUUCAUCCAUGAUAAAUUAUUUGUAUUUUAUUUAUUUAAUUAUACAAUAAUUUAUUAUUUUAAAAAUUUAAUGAAUUAUUUAAUCAUUGAACC